GCGGUUGGGGGCUUGGCGGAGCACAGCGGAGGCCGGGCCCAGGCGGCGGGCCGCGUAGGAGGCGACGGGUCCGCUCGCGGGCGCAGGUGGAUGCGGCGCCGCGGCCAUGGACGCUCUAGAGGAAGAGAGCUUCGCGCUGUCCUUCUCCUCUGCCUCUGAUGCAGAAUUUGAUGCCGUGGUUGGAUGUUUACAGGACAUCAUCAUGGAUGAUGAGUUCCAGUUACUGCAGAGAAACUUCAUGGACAAGUACUACCAGGAGUUUGAAGACACGGAAGAAAAUAAACUCACCUAUACACCCAUCUUUAAUGAAUACAUUUCCCUGGUAGAGAAGUAUAUCGAAGAGCAGCUGCUGGAGCGGAUCCCUGGAUUCAACAUGGCGGCCUUUACCACAUCACUGCAGCACCAUAAAGAUGAAGUGGCUGGUGACAUAUUUGACAUGCUGCUCACAUUCACGGACUUUUUGGCUUUUAAGGAAAUGUUUCUGGACUACAGAGCAGAAAAGGAAGGCCGUGGGCUGGAUUUAAGCAGUGGCCUGGUAGUGACUUCCCUGUGCAAGUCAUCUUCUACAGCCACUUCCCAGAACAACCUGCGGCACUAGGUCUCACCUCCAGACAACGGGGGAUCAUUCUGAUGUCACCACCCAGCAGGCUCAGAGACACGGGCUCAUGACAGCAGCAGAUGUAUCUUGGAAAGACCAACUGUGCUACAGCCCUUCAUUCACGUGAAGUAUUGACAGGUCACCAACACCACGAGCGACCCUCCUCACCCUUUUCUCCUGAAACACCUCCUAUCCAAUCACCUUAGCUCCCUGUGCAGGCCCCUUUCCUGGGCUUGAGUCACACUCUUCUGGAGCAGGCCCAUGUUGGUCAUCUCAGCUGGGGGCCUUCCCCAGCAAACAUGGUAUGUCAGCACGGAUAAGCCAGCAUCAUGAGCCCUUGGUCACGGCAGGCUUUGCAUGAUUCUCUUGGGCACCACAGAUCUUUUGUAUAUGGGUCGGUUUCAGGCCUUGGCCUCAGUAGGGUUUCUGUUUGGGAGUAUUUAUCAAGGGUGUUACUAGGACCAGCUUCCUGUCCUGAUUUCUGAACCUCCUAUGAUCGCAGCUUGGCUUGGCUGUAGGAAUAUACUGAGAGAAGUCUACCUAAAAGCUGCUUGUGGAAACAGAGUCCCAGCAUUUCAUUUGCUGUCCUUCCAACCCUGUGUUCUGCUAGUCCUCAUGGAUCCCACUGUUUCUAGAAGUCUCUUUUAAGCGUUAUUUAAAAAAAAAAACAAAAAAACAAAAAAAAAAAACAACUAUUUUUAUA